AUGAGUGAACCUCCAACAAGUUGGGAUCUUCCCGAAGAAGAGAAUUCAUCAAUAUCAUUAACAACAACAAGAUUAGCAGGAUUAAAUGUAAAUGUUGCUGACUUUGUCUCUUCAUUUGCAUCGAAAUCAACCAAUGUUUCAACGUCACAAGUACCUAAAACUCCUCCAUCGACUCCUGUUGUUGUUCGACAUAGACAUGAAAAUCAAAGUAAUCAAUCUAAAAGUGGAACUAUGAACACAAAUAAUAUUGAAUCCGAAGAUGUACAACAAAUGGAAGAAGAUUUUACAGAGAGAGAACAAGAUCAAUUUCCUGAUGAUGAUUAUGACAAAAUCAUGGAUGAGUCAAACACAACACCGACAGCAGCAACAACAACAGCAACAGCGACAAAAAAAAAAGAAUCUGUUAAUAUUGUUUUUUGUGGACAUGUUGAUGCAGAAAAGUCAACGAUUGGUGGACAAAUUAUGUUUUUAACAGGACAAGUUGAUAAAAGGACAUUAGAAAAAUAUCAAAAUGAAGCUCGUGAAAAAUCUCGUGAAUCCUGGUAUUUAUCAUGGGCAUUAGCUACAAAUGAAGACGAAAGAGAAAAAGGAAAAGCAGUUGAAGUUGGUCGAGCUUGCCAUAUUCAAUAG